CCUCUCCUUGUCUAUUCUUCUAUAUAGAAACCUCGGCGUCUCUCAGACUCUUUUCCAUGGCGAUCGCAGAGGAACAACCGCAACAACAGGAGAAGGCUUCUUCGGAGGUUUCAACAGCAGAAAAGAAAAGAUGGACGCUCAACGAUUUUGACAUUGGGAAGCCUCUUGGACGGGGAAAGUUUGGGCACGUUUAUUUGGCAAGAGAAAAAAGGAGCAACCAUAUAGUGGCUUUAAAGGUGCUCUUUAAGAGCCAAUUGCAGCAGUCUCAGGUUGAACAUCAACUACGUCGGGAAGUUGAAAUUCAAAGUCAUCUACGCCAUCCAAAUAUUUUACGCCUCUAUGGUUAUUUUUAUGACCAGAAACGUGUAUAUCUCAUACUGGAAUAUGCAGCCAAAGGUGAACUCUACAAGGAACUGCAGAAGUGUAAAUACUUCAGUGAGAGACGUGCUGCCACAUAUGUUGCACAAUUGGCUCGGGCCCUCAUUUAUUGUCAUGGAAAGCAUGUAAUACACAGAGACAUCAAACCAGAGAACCUCUUAAUUGGUGCACAGGGUGAACUUAAAAUUGCUGAUUUUGGAUGGUCAGUGCACACAUUCAACCGAAGGCGAACCAUGUGUGGCACACUGGACUACCUUCCCCCUGAAAUGGUUGAAAGUGUGGAGCAUGACGCUAGCGUAGAUAUCUGGAGUCUUGGUGUAUUAUGUUAUGAGUUCCUGUAUGGAGUCCCUCCUUUUGAGGCCAAGGAACACUCUGAUACAUACAGAAGGAUUGUGCAAGUAGAUUUGAAGUUCCCUCCUAAACCAAUUGUCUCAUCUGCAGCAAAGGACCUUAUCAGUCAGAUGCUUGUUAAGGAUUCUUCACAGCGUCUGCCACUGCAUAAACUUCUUGAGCAUCCAUGGAUUGUCCAAAAUGCUGAUCCAUCUGGCAUCUAUAGAGCUUGAUUCACAUUGUAGUAGCAUCCCUGGAUUGUACUUAACUACAUUGUCAUUAAUUUUAACAUCUUUGGUUGUAGAAGAACGCUGGGCUCUGAAUAUGGUUAUUGCCAUAACCCAAAGUAAAGUUGUUUUUAAAUUUUGUUUUGAAUAAUCUGUCCUCGAAAUU